UAAUGCUGCACAUUAGUCCUGCUCCACGUUCUACUCACCGGCUAACAGGAACUAUGCUCGUCACUUACAUCCCCUCUGUCGCAUUCACUCUAUCCGGGAGAUAUGUCAAGCUUGCGUACCCAGGAAAGAGAAAAAUGUUCUCUAUCCCAAGUUGCUUCAAAUAGUAAAAGUCUG